AUGGCAUACCACUCUGAUGAAAUCUCAGAGACGGAUGAAGAACUUGCAGAAUAUGAAAGAACCAUUAAUAAACGAUAUAACAAAGGUGGUGAAAAUAAUAAGAUUUAUGAUAAUAAUCAUGUUGUUAAGGUGCAGAAUCUAAUAUGGAGAUCUGAAAAGUAUAAGAAAAUUUUACAUUGGGCUGAAGAAAUAGUGACUAUUUUCUCAUCUUACGAUCCUAAUAAAUACGACAAACAUAACAAUAACAAUAAAAAAUCAAGGCCCAGUAAUAAUAAGUUUGCUACCGAUUCUGAAUCGAGUAAUGAUUCUGGGUCUGAUGACAAUUCUGGGUCCAUUAACAAAUCUGGGUCCAAAAAUAAUGACAAUUCUGGGUCUACUAACGGUAACAAUUCUGGAUCUAACACAAUUCUGGGUUCAACAACAAUUCUGCAUCCAACAAAUGUUCUGGGUCCAACAACGACAACAAUUCUGGGUCCAACGACAAUUCUGGGUCUAAUAAUGACAAUUCUGAAAACAAUUCUGGGUCUAACAACGAUAAUUCUGGGUCUAAUAAUGAUGAUUCCGGGUUUAAUAACAACAAUUCUGGAUCUGAUAAUACAAUUCUGGGUCCAACAAGAAUGA